UUGAAGUUGGUCUACUCUAGAUUAGAUAAUGUCUCUGUGAUAACACAUGGCAGCCCACGUCAAUCGGUUUACCUAAUUUACUUUCGUUAAGUAUGACCGACCAGCUGCGAAUACUCACACUCAACUGCUGGGGCCUCAAAUAUGUCUCGAAGAAUCGCAGGGAACGUGUCGAGGCCAUCGCCGAGAGUUGGCCAGGUUCGCGCAUCCGUGCCCAAGUCAGGCAUGCGACACGAGCUUACAACGUUGAAAGCGGCGCGCUGGGUUCCGGGCUGGCCCUGUUCUCCAGAUUCCCAAUAAUCGCAACGACCGCGCACCCGUAUUCGUUGAAUGGCUCUCCAAUAGAUGUCGGAGGAGGCGACUGGUUCGUGGGCAAGGCUGCUGUCAGCAUAAUAAUAUCGCACCCCAUCCUCGGACAGGUGGAGAUCUUCAACACCCAUCUGUACGCCAAGGGAGGAGAAGAUGGCCCGGAGCACAACAGAGCCCACCGUUUGGUGAAUGCAUGGGAGUUUUCCAAGCUCGCCCGUCAAUCCGCCGAACUCGGGCGCUACGUUAUCGCAGCCGGCGACUUCAACAGUAUACCCAGUUCGUUACCCAUGGCUCUCAUUCGUGAAUAUGCGGCCCUGAACGACGCAUGGGCUGUGGCCCAUCCCGUUGCACCGAACGUUUCGUCUCCUUCCGCCCUGCAGGCAGUCUCGGACUUUGGUGUCACGGCAGACUCACCCAUAAACACUUACUCGGCGGGCAAACCGAUUGGACCCUACGCCCGUAAAUUCUUGGGCAAGCGUCUCGACUACAUUUUCUAUCGGCAGCCGGUUCGGGGCGUUGGUCGACGCGAGGGCCAGCUGCCGACACUAACAUGCACGGAAUGCAACGUGCUAUUGACGGACAACGUCCCCGCUCGACCCUUUUCGUUCUCAGACCACUUCGCGGUGGAGGCAACAUUGGAGAUCCGGUCGGGCUCUGAUGUGCCGGUGGAUCUGGCUGAUCCGGGAGGGAACGUGUGGUCCAUGGCGGCGUCGAUUGGUGCUCCGCCAGCGGAUUCAGAGCUGUCCUCCGACUCGCUUUCGACGACCAUGCAGGCUCUGGCUGCAUGUUACCGGUUUUCUCGCCAACGAGCUCGGAAGGAGCUCUCUUUGUUCGCCGGUUGUGUCAUCUGUCUCGUGGCGCUGGUCGUAGGCUCGUCGUGGAAUGCGCAUGGGUGGAUCAAUCCGGUCCUUGUUUUGUUGGCGGGGCUAAUCACCUGGCUGGGGACGACGAUGCUGUACCAAGGCUUCCUGUACGGGAACUGGGAAUGCAAUGCAUUGAUGAACAUCAUCGAGGAGCUGGAGAUCUACAAAAAUGCGCUUGAAAUACAAGGCGGGCCGCAGCGAGAUCCGUAG